AUGCAUCACUUGUUCAGAGAGCUGCUGUGUGACCUCGUUCAGUCACAGGGAAUUACCGAGACAUUAGAAAAGCACCAAGAGUGUCUGAAGAGGCAAAGGGAUGCAGUGAAAUACAGACUGAAAAAACUGGCUGCACGGCAAUCAGAAAUCUCAAAAAAGUCCUCGGUGAUAAGAGAGAAUAUCAUACGGAAGUAUCGAGAGAUCCAGGCGGCCCUGGACGAGGACCUGAGGAUCACCCUCUCCCACCUGGAGAUGGAAGAGCGCGCAGCUGUCUCUGCUCUGGAUGGACUCAUGGAAAGGAACUGCUCCCUGAUUCAGGAGAUAGAGCAGGACCUGGCCAGACUCAAUGUGGCAAUUAUGGCCAAGUCAUACACAGAGUCUGAUACAAUGUCUUUCUUCUCAUUCCCUCAGCAGCAGGACACAGAGACAGUGGAAAGAGUGAUGGAUCUUCUGAACAGGACAGACCCGAGCAGUGUGAGCCUGGACGAAGUUAAAGCUGACCAGAUCCUAAGCCUCACCCACAACAUGCUGCUGUUCAUCAGCUCACAGACCCCUUUGAUCAGGAAUCUCACCAAGAGUUAUUCCAGCGAGGUGUAUCUAGAUCCAGAGACGUCCCACCCAAAGCUGAUCAUCUCCCCUCGGGGUGACAGUGCCACCUACACUGACUCCUGGCAGCAACUCCCGGACCUCCCUGGACGCUUUGACACCACCCUCAAUGUCAUCAGCGUUCAAGGAUUCAGCUGUGGUCGCCAUUACUGGGAGAUUGAUGUGACUGGGAAGACAUACUGGGAGCUGGGCGUCACCUAUCCCAGCAUCCCCCGAAAGGGCAGCACUGAGGACUGCUGGCUGGGCCGGGGGGUCGAGUCCUGGUGCGUGGAGUUCUUUGAUGGGGAGUAUACUGCCUGGCACGGAGGGGUGCCCCAUCAGCUGCCUUUCACAAAAUGCUUCAGCCGGAUUGGUGUUCUGUGUAGUUUCCCCGCAGGGUUGGUGACGUUUCUUGAGGCAGAGAACAUGACUCCGCUGUUCUCUUUCUGUGCGGGAACCUUCUCAGACUGCCUCCACCUGGCCGUGUGUCCUGGUCAUGACCACAAAGGCACCAAUGCUAAUCCUAUUGUGAUCUGCAAUGAUUCAUCUCCUACUAGUGAUCAAGGAUGAGUGGUUCCACACAUUUAUUUUACCUAAUUCCUUGCUGAGGCACCACUUUCCAAUUAUGUAAUAAUUAUAAAGGUUUAUAAGUUAUUGGUAGAGGUAGAGGUAAAUGUGUUUUCCUAAUUAAAUAGUUCUAAAAGUAUGAACUUACUAAAAGGACAUGUGUCAUGGUAAAGGAGUGCAUAAUCUAUAAAGCCUUACCAACUUCUUCAUUAACAGAUGAUAAUAAGUCAUUAGUUACAGUAAAACCCUUUAUAAAGGGGGCCUCAAUAGAAAGGGGUACUAUUGAUGAUGCUAAACCCCUAUUUAAAUAAUGGAAUCUAUUUCAAAUAAUAAACAGACACAAUGUGAUAAAAAUCAAGUUGGAUUACAGCUCCUUAUAGAAAUGAUUUUAAAUAAGAACUCAUUGCAAUUUUUUUUAGUGCUUUUAAGUAUAUUUAACUUUCAGAUUAAUGUAAAGACAUAAUACAAGUGGUGUGGCCCAUCUCUAAGUUCAGUAAACUAGUUUAAAAGGUGACUUGAAAGUCAUAAAAAUUGGUUAUAAUUGCAAGUGAUUUUUUUUAAUACACUGUGGGGAAUACACUUCCUACUCAAUACUGAGUAUUGAGAUCCAAGGCGCACUUAUCCUGAAAUGCACCGAGUGUAUUUGGAUUCAAAGUCUAUACUCAACAAACAAUUGGCAAAUGUGCAAAUAUGCUCUUUGAGCCUUAAUGUUGCAACUUAGUAU